UUGUGUUGCUUCGUCCGGGGGUGUGAAGUGUUAGUGUGGAUUUAGCCAUGGGUUACGUCAACGUGGUGUUAUAUUUGGUGUUGCCAGCCCUCACUCUGCUUUACUACUAUGUGAAGCAGCACUAUCGUUACUGGGCAAAUCGGAACAUACCGCAGUUGGAGGCAUCGUUUCCCGUCGGUAACAUGAAAGGCGUUGGCUCCAAGCUGCACUUUAACGAUGUGUUGGGCGAAGCGUACAGCAAGGGCAAAGCGCAAUCGGUUCCACUCGUGGGAUUAUAUUUCAUGCUCAAGCCCAUACUUAUAGUGACCGAUCUGGACAUGGUGAAACGGAUUCUGGUGAAAGAUUUCAACAGCUUCCACGAUCGUGGCCUGUACGUGAACGAACGGGAUGACCCGCUGUCCGGACAUUUGUUUGCGCUGGACGGUGAACGGUGGCGCUAUCUGCGCAACAAGCUCAGCCCCACGUUCACCUCCGGCAAGAUCAAGCAGAUGUUUGCCACGAUACGCGAGAUCGGCGAUGAGUUUCUCGCAUCAGUGACACGAUACGUCGACCGGGAAGAAGCGAUCGAUGUGAAGCUGCUGUGUCAGUGCUUUACGUGCGAUGUGGUGGGCUCGUGUGCCUUCGGAUUGCAGUGCAAUUCGCUGAAAAAUGAGGGCUCCAAGCUGCUCGAAAUCGGUGACAAAGUGUUUAAACCACCUGCCUGGCGUAACAUGUUAACGUUUCUGUUAAUUUCAUAUAAGGGCAUAGCGAAACGGUUACAUCUGGCAGCGUUCCCUGCCGAAGUGGCAUCGUUCUUCAUGCCCCUAGUGACUGAGACGAUCAGCGAUCGGGAACGGAAGGCGAUAGAACGGCCCGAUUUCCUUAAUCUGUUGAUACAGCUCAAAAACAAGGGCACGGUCGAGGACGAAGCGUCGGAAGGGUUGAAAAAGCUCACGCUAGACGAGGUGGCUGCCCAGGCGUUUGUGUUUUUCUUCGCCGGGUUUGAAACCUCCUCGACCACACUGUCGUUUGCGAUGUUCGAGCUGGCCAACAAUCCAGCGAUUCAGGAGCGGGUGCGUGCCGAAGUGUUGGAAAAGCUGAAACUUCACGACGGCCAGAUUACGUACGACGCACUCAAGGAGAUGACGUACCUCGAUCAGGUCAUUAAUGAGACUCUUCGCAUGUAUCCACCGGUGUCGCAGUUGAUACGUGUCUCGACGCAACCGUACGCGGUGGAAACAGCGAAGGUGACGCUGGACCGUGACACGAUGCUGAUGAUACCGAUCUACGCGAUACAUCACGAUGCCAGCAUCUAUCCCGACCCGGAACGUUUCGACCCCGACCGGUUCGCACCGGACGCGGUACACGCCAGACAUACGCAUGCAUUUCUGCCGUUCGGCGAUGGGCCACGCAACUGCAUCGGGAUGCGAUUUGGGCUGCUGGAGGUGAAGUUUGGCAUUGUGCAGAUGGUGAGCAAACUGCGCUUCACCGUCAGCUCGCGAAUGAAGAUGCCGCUGAGAAUGUCCAAAUCGGCUUCCUUGCUGGAGGCCGAAGGAGGCAUCUGGUUGAAUGGAGCAAAGCUGUAGUGAAGGUUGGGUGGACUUGGCAAAUAGCCACAUCAUUAAGCUAUCUUCCCCAUCGCUGAUGUCCGGUGACAGUGUGUGUGGUGUUGGUAUCUUAUCAGUAAUAACACAACAGGAGAUAAUAACAAGCGUUUUGCAAACAAAAAUCAAUCACGCGUCAGAAUGCACUAGGGUUACUUACUGUUACAAUCAUCCCGUCAAUACAUAUAUGACUGUUUGCAACAAAAGGUAAACGACAACAAAAUUAAAUGGUGAGAAAGGAAUACAAAUCAAAGUAAUUCUAAAUCUUGUAUACAUUUUGAGCUACAAAGCAUACCUGUUACUAAGUGCGACAAUUCAGGAAAGAUAAAUGAAAUCGCUUAUUGUAUCAAAUUAGUGACAACUCAUUUUGGGUAGAGUCGAAAACUCCUAGGAUUAAGCAAAAUUAACUAAUAUAAAUAUGAAAUUAAUUUGACAAAUGAAUGUACAGGGCGGGACAACUGAACGACGGGAAGAGUACAGCCGUCACACAUAUUACAGCCAGUUCCAUGAACAUUUCACAAUAAUACUAAACUAAUUUUACAUUUCUGCUGAGCAACAUUUUACUCUGUACCAAUUAUUAGCCAAAAGUCGUUCUUUUAUCCAAAUAAAA